CGCUUCCACCUCUGCCUUGUACUCUAUUGUUCCCCUACUUGAGGUGACUGGCGCUCAUUCAAUCUCUCACCGUUCCUCGCUGGGUCAGUUCAGGGAGAGACAGAGACAGAGACAGAGAGAGACAGACACUUUAAAAUGCGCGAGUGUAUCUCCAUCCAUGUUGGCCAGGCCGGAGUCCAGAUGGGCAAUGCAUGCUGGGAGCUGUACUGCCUGGAACAUGGCAUCCAGCCCGAUGGCCGCAGGCUGGACGGCAGAAGCAGAACGGAGACGGACGACUCAUUCGACACCUUCUUCUGCGAGAUGGGGUCGGGGAAGCACGUGCCCAGGGCAAUCUUUCUGGAUCUUGAACCUUCUGUGAUCGAUGAGGUCCGCACUGGUGCCUACCGACAUCUCUUCCACCCCGAGCAGCUCAUCACCGGCAAGGAAGAUGCCGCCAACAACUAUGCCCGUGGGCACUACACCAUUGGCAAGGAGCUGAUCGACCCGGUGUUGGAGAGGCUUCGGAAACUGGCUGACCAGUGCACGGGUCUCCAAGGGUUCUUUGUCUUCCACAGCUUUGGUGGAGGUACUGGUUCUGGCUUCACCUCCCUGCUGAUGGAACGCCUCUCCGUCGACUACGGCAAGAAGUCCAAGCUGGAGUUCUGCAUCUACCCGGCUCCUCAGAUCUCCACCGCAGUGGUGGAGCCCUACAACUCCAUCCUGACCACCCACACCACCCUGGAGCACUCAGACUGCUCCUUCAUGGUGGACAACGAAGCCAUCUACGACAUCUGCCGCAGAAACCUGGACGUGGAGCGCCCGGGCUACGUGAACCUCAACAGGCUCAUUGGCCAGAUCGUCUCGUCGAUCACCGCCUCCCUCCGCUUCGACGGGGCCCUCAACGUGGAUCUGACAGAGUUCCAGACCAACUUGGUGCCCUAUCCCCGAAUCCACUUCCCCCUGGUCACCUACUCCCCGGUCAUCUCGGCCGAGAAGGCUUACCACGAGCAACUGUCCGUGGCCGAGAUCACCAAUGCUUGCUUUGAGCCGGCCAACCAGAUGGUCAAGUGUGACCCUCGCCAUGGCAAGUACAUGGCUUGUUGUCUGCUUUACCGCGGUGACGUGGUGCCGAAAGACGUCAACGCUGCCAUCGCGGCCAUCAAGACCAGGCGUACCAUCCAGUUUGUUGACUGGUGCCCGACUGGGUUCAAGGUUGGCAUCAACUACCAGCCUCCCACUGCGGUGCCCGGUGGGGACCUGGCCAAGGUGCAGCGUGCAGUGUGUAUGCUGAGCAACACCACUGCCAUCGCUGAGGCUUGGGCACGGCUCGACCACAAGUUUGACCUGAUGUACGCCAAGCGCGCCUUCGUGCAUUGGUACGUGGGGGAGGGAAUGGAGGAGGGAGAGUUCUCCGAGGCCCGUGAAGACAUGGCAGCCUUGGAGAAGGAUUACGAGGAGGUUGGAGCCGACAGCACAACUGAUGACAAUGAAGGAGAGGAAUUCUGAGUCACUCCAAAACCCUUGAGUAGAUCUUUCACUCAGGCCCCUGAUAAAUGAGAUGUGAAUGAAACCGCAAUACUUUCGAGGAGCUAAUGUUUUUUUUCCACUUGAAUUAAUCAUUGCGUAAAAAAAGUAAAAAAUGUUGAACAUGUUAGUCCGAUAGGCUUGGCAUAUUUAAUGAGAAACACAUCUGUUUUCAUCUAAUGCAAGUACCGGCUGAAGCAAUGCAUUGGAAAUAUCUUUGAUGUCUCUCACAGAAAUCAAGUGUAAUGUUACAGUGGACAUGGUGUUUAAUGAUAUGCUGUAUAUUCCAUUCUGUAGCCACAGCCUGCAAUAAUAAAAUAACUACAUCCAGAGACAA